UAUCCUUCCUUCUUUAAUAACUUCGCCUUUUCGCAGAGGAAAAAAAGGCGAACCAUUUCCAAGUCAUUACAUUAAUAAGAUUUCUACAAAGUUUUCGCUGGCAAAAUGUCGUUCAGCGGAACUCAGGAUAAGUGCACGGCCUGCGACAAGACCGUGCAUAUCUGUGACUUGCUGACGGCCGAUGGUGUUUCUUAUCACAAAACCUGCUUCAAAUGCAGUCACUGCAAGGGGAACCUGACUAUGUGCAACUACUCAUCAAUGGAUGGUGUCCUCUACUGCAAGCCUCAUUUUGAGCAGCUGUUCAAGGAGACCGGGAGCUUCUCUAAGAAAUUUCAUACCCCACCGAAGUCCGAAAACAAAGAACUGUCAAGGACACCGAGCAGAGUCUCCACCAUGUUUUCUGGAACGACAGAGAAAUGCGCCGUCUGCAAGAAAACUGCUUACCCUCUCGAAACGCUCACCGUGGAGGGAGAAAAUUACCACAAAACCUGCUUCAAGUGCUCUCAUGGGGGGUGCACACUCACAACAUCAAGCUAUGCUGCGUUGGAUGGCAUUCUCUAUUGCAGGCAUCACUUCGCUCAAUUGUUCAAAGAGAAGGGAAGCUACGAUCAUCUGAUUGAAGCUGCUCAGAAAAAACGCUCGGCCGACCCGGUCGUGCCACCGGAAAUAGACCUUACAGACCCAGCAGAGCCGGAGCCAGAACCCGAGUCACAACCAGAGACCACCCCAGUAGAAUCGUAAAGAGGAUUUUACUGAUCUUGUGGUUUUUAUCGACAUUUUAUCGCGAAUUGCGUAUUUGUUGGUUGGUUUAUAUGUAAGUUGUGAAAGUUAUGAACAGGGAAAAAGUAAACCUUGUACCGAGACUGUACUCAUGUAUUUUUUUUUUCUUUUCUUUCUUGUAACAUUGCUAAUUAUUUCUCUUGAAGGUUGGUAUUAUUCUUUGUUA